CUCUCUUCCUCUCUCUUUCUCCCCUUUUCUUCCCUCCACAUCUAUAUAUAAACCUCUCCGGAUCUCUUACUCUUCCCCUUCUUCACCUCUUCCAUUCUCUCUUAUACCACCAUCAAAAUGUCUACCUGGUUCGACACCAUCAAGCGCUCCUUCGACAGCGUCCCCAUUGACGCCGCCAACGACAACGGCAUCUCCACCACCGAGUUCCUCGAGGCCGCCGAGUCGUUGACCACUCUGUUCGACGUCCUUGGCUCCGUCGCCUUCAACCCCGUCAAGAAUGAUCUUCUCGGCAACAUCAAGAAAGUGAGAGAGAGGCAGCAGGCUGCCCCCGCCGAGUCGGCCACUCUCCAAUCCCUCGUCCUGAACGAGCUCAAGACCAAGAAGCACGUCGCUACCGAAGGUCUGGUCUGGCUGGUCCGCGGCCUCGACUUCACCGCCCAAUCCCUCCGCCACAACCUCGACCAGUCCUCCUCGGAACUCUCCGACUCCUUCCGCCAGGCCUACGGCAACACCCUCAAGCCGCACCACUCCUUCGUCAUCAAGCCCAUCUUCUCCGCCGCCAUGUCCGCCACCCCCUACCGGAAGGAUUUUUACGCCAAGCUGGGCAGCGACCAGGCCCAGGUUGAGGCCGCCCUCCGCAAGGAGGUCAACGCUCUGGAGGAGCGUGUUGCUAUCCUGAAGGCUUUCCAGGAGCGGAAGGAGGCGAAGUGGUAGAUUUACAGCCUGGGUAGAAUUGAAUUGAAUUAUACAUAUUUAUAGC